UCUAGCUUCAAUUGACUCAUGAUUCCAAUCAGCGGGAUUUAAUUUUAAUCAUUUCGAUUGCAUAUAUAUUACAAUAUAUUAUAAAUCCCCUAUGUUUAUUUCGUUGUUGUUGUUUUUUGAAAAUUACAACCUACUUACCUCAUAUUAACAUACGAUUAUUGUUAAUUGUCAAAGUACGGUGCAAAAAUAGUACAAUCUGUAUAUAUAGUUGUGUAUAUUGAUCUGUUCACAUGAUGACUUCUUUAUUAUUAUAGAAGAGAAAAAAACAAACUAUUUUAAAGUUAUGCAUAAUAUGAAAUUAUCUAAUUCAUUAACUUUGAUUGAAUAAUUAAAUGAGCCAAUAAGUGUACAUAUGAAUGUCAGCUUAUAUCUAUAUAUAUACAUCUCUUGAUUUUGUUUUGUUUUGUUAUACCAACUCUUUAAUUGUCAUUAUUCAUAUUCUAAUGAAGAAAGUCACAAGAUACAUUUAUCAUAUAAAAAGGAUUAUGAAUAAUAUAAAGAAAAGAAAUUAAAACUUUUUUUUAUUUUCUUUAAAUUGAUCCUUUUUCUCUUUUCUUGUUUUCCUUUAUUCUUUUUUUUGUUGUUGUCGUUCUUAGUGUUGUUACUAACUGACAAACUUCUUUUAUUUAUAUUUAUGUGCAUAUCAUUAUUUUGAUAAGAGUAUUAGUAUUAUUAUCAUCGUCAUCAUCAUCAUUGUUACCUAUUAAAUUUACACUUGUUAUAUAUUGAAAUAUCCAUUCAAAAACGUGUUCAAUUCAGUGUUUUAUGUGCAUGUAGGUUGGUAUAUUUUGUGUAUAUUCUCUACUGUAUGAUAUAUAUAUAUGCAUAUAGUUAUAUAACUUCCGUACAAUAUACUAAUGAUAAUAUGUUAUGAUAUAAUAAUAGUACAUAGAGAUAUUGUUUUAUAUUUAUAAUGGAUUAUAUGCUUAAUAUUAAAUUAUUAUCACAACUUUUUAGCGGUAAUCGAUUAUGCAGCAAAACAUUCAAACCACGUAAAAAUAUCUCUGAAACUAAUAAUAAUAAUCCUUCUACUAAUACAAGUAAUCAUAAUCCUACUAUUGGUAAUAAUAAUAAUCAUGAUGUCAAUGGUAAACAAAAUGAUUUAUUACCAGAAACUGCUGCAACAUUGGGUAGUGGAGAUUUACGUUUAGCUGUCCGUCUACCUGAAGGUGAAGAUCUACAUGAAUGGAUUGCUAUAAACACUGUAGAUUUUUUCAAUCAAAUUAAUAUGCUUUAUGGUACAUUACUUGAAUUUUGUACGGAUGAUACAUGUCCAAUUAUGUCAGCUGGUCCAAAGUAUGAAUAUCAUUGGGCUGAUGGACAAACAGUGAAAAAACCAUUGAAAUGUUCUGCACCACAUUAUAUUGAUUGUUUAAUGAUAUGGAUUCAAAAACAAUUAGAGAAUGAAGCUAUAUUUCCAUCGAAAAUUGGUGCUCCAUUUCCACGUGAUUUUCUUAAUGUAGUCAAAGUGAUAUUAAAACGUUUAUUUCGAGUUUAUGCACAUAUUUAUUAUCAACAUUUUUCUGAAGUACGAGAUCUACAAGAAGAAGCUCAUUUAAAUACAAGUUUUAAACAUUUUAUAUAUUUUGUAUUGGAAUUUAAUUUAGUUCAAAAACGUGAACUUGUUCCAUUACAACACUUAAUUGAUUUAUUAACAACAAAUGAAUCUACCACAAAUGAUGAACAUAAUAGUAAUGAUAAUGGUUCUACAUCACAUAAUUAUUCAUUACAUACAACUACUAAUGAUAAUAAUAUAAGUAGUAUAAUCAAUGAUAAUUAAAUAUUACAUAUCUCUAUUAGAUAUAAUAUAAGAAUAUAUCUUUCAUAAUGAUCGUUAUCAUUGAUAACGACAACGAUCAUAAUCAUGAUUUAUGCCUUAAUCUAUUCUUAUAUUGACUUCUUUCUUUGAUAUAUAUAUAUAUAUAUAUAUAUAUAUAUAUAUAUAUCUUGUAUGUGGUACUCUAGCGUUUGCAUGGAAACUACCAUAUAUUUUUAAAUUUGUUCUAUAUGUAUGAGUUAGACGAAUAUUUCUUUUCUGUUGGUAUACCAAAAAUAAAACACAAUUUAUAUGUAUAUAUUAAAAAUAAAUACAUAACAGACAGGUGACUUCAUAUUCUGUUAAAGGUAUAAGGAAAGUUGUCGAUUCCCC